UCGUUCUCCUAACUUUACCGAUUUCUUUUUUAGAGUUUCAAGUGAACUGGAAAGAGCAAGGUGGUUCAGUUCUCUUGAAGAGGACAGUGAAAAGCGGCGCCAGAAAAGAGAAAAAGAGCUUGCCGACGAUGAACUAAAGAUGGCCAACGAACAAUUCAUAAAAAUUCGCCGUGCUCGACUUAAAAAGUUGUUAACAGAGGAAAAUAUCCAAUACGAGAAAGAGCUCAAUAGUUUCGGAAAAGCGUUCUACAAGAAAAGAAUUUAAGCCUACAUUAGCGUUGUUAAAAAGAUUCCGCGCACCUUUGGCUUAUAAGUUAGAUCUAUCAUCAAUCGUCUUAUUACUACAUGUUAUUAUAUCAUCAGAUAGCUUCAAAGUAAAUAACCGAGAUUUUUUUCUCAAACCCGUAAGACGAAAACGAACGAGAGUAUUAUGGUUUAUUGAGAAUCUUAACGAUCAAAUCCAGAGGUCAACAUAUCUCCGAAGGGCUUCCUUGCGAAAAGACUAUUAACCGACUGUUCCUCCCCCAUCAAAGAGCGACAUCUCCUCAAUAUGCAACAAGAAGCGGACGAAAGGUUAUUUCUCUGGCGUGAAGUGUGACCCAGCCCCUUCUCGUCAUUCCACACUAUGUGUUUGCCCAUCCCCCUCCUCCCUUGCGUUAUUAGGACCGUGCGGAAAAAAAUAAUACCGUUGGUAAUCGAUUGAGAAUGGCUUCUUUACCUGACUUUCGCUGCAGGUUGUGUUGCA